AUGACUCGUUAUGUCCGAUAUGGGACCCAUAUGACGAUACAUAAUUUUAGUUGGCAUGGCAGCGAAGGACCCGAUGUUGUCAAUUUGACGGAUCAGUAUACAAAAGAAGAAAUUGGAAAACGAAACCAUCCCGAUGACCCUGAUAAUAAAUUUCGUAAAGUGCCAGGUGCCCGGAACUUCACAAAAUUGAGAAUAAUUCCGGAUCAGUUUUAUUACAACGUAGAAGAUGUUCGAACUAAAGAUGAAGCUUUGAUUCGCGUCAAACUGAUGUUAUUUUAUGAAUUAAAAGACAUUGAAAAAAUGUUGGCUAAUACACAAGACCCUAUUGCUGAUUUCAUUAACGGGUUGUGUGCCGAUGUAGUAUCGUUUGCAUCGCAAUUAAGUUAUGAAGAAUUCAUGGACCAAGCCGAGAAGUUAAAUGACUGUGACAGCACCUACCCACACCUCAUGGAUAUUGCUAAGAAAAUUGGUUACAAUGUGUCAAAGGUAGUAUUUCGGGGUUAUCAUGCCAGCAGUCAGCUGACUAAAAUGCACGAGUUGGCGAUAAAGACCCGAACAAAACUUAGAAUUGAGAUGGAGGAAGAAGAGCAGAAACAAGGUUUGAUUGACAUGAAACUGAAAAGUGAACUAGAGAGAAGUGAGCUUGAACAAAGCCUUCAUAUUGAACAAGAACAACAUCGCCUGCAGUUAAGAAAGUAUAAUAAGAAGAAAGAUGAACAGAUGUUGAACUACUUGGAGAAACUUCACACUAUGAACGUAGAUUUGACAGACUACCUCGUCAGCCAGAAUCCACAACCAAAUAACGUUGUAAGAGUGAUUUCUACAGACAGAAAUGCUGGGACUGUACACAUACAUCAAAAUACGACCCAGUGA